CACAAACGCCAUCUUGACAGCAGCCUUAAAAUGGCAGAGAAAUGCCAGGGAGAAACCGAGCUACGGACAAGGUUUCUUUUAUUGUUUUGAAUAGAUAGUCCCUUCCCUAAUUGUCUACAAACGUAGCUAGGGGGUUGAUGGCCAGUGAGAGAGCCGAAAGACGUUAAAAUGGAUAUCACAACAGCGGUUUUCAACGCGGCCAGAGAUGGUAAGCUGAAACUUAUCCAGAAGUUGCUGAGUAACAAAAGUCCCGAGGAGUUGGAGGCUCUCGCCGAGGAGAAAACGCAGGGAGGCACCCCUCUCCUCAUUGCCUCUCGAUACGGACACUUAGAGGUUGCCGACUAUUUGCUUGAAAAUUGUAAAGCUAACGUGGAACUAGGAGGCUCGGUGAACUUUGACGGCGAGACGAUUGAAGGGGCUCCCCCGCUAUGGGCGGCUUCAGCGGCUGGUCACCUCCCUGUCGUCCGCACACUCCUUAAACACGGUGCCUCUGUCAACAACACUACGCUGACCAACUCAACGCCCCUCCGCGCUGCCUGCUUCGAUGGUCACCUGGAGAUUGUUCGCUACCUGGUGGAACACCGAGCCGAUAUGGAGGUAGCCAACCGCCACGGCCACACCUGCCUGAUGAUCUCCUGCUACAAGGGCCACAAAGAGAUAGCCAAGUUCCUCUUGGAGCGGGGGGCCGAUGUCAACCGCAAGAGUGUGAAAGGCAACACUGCACUCCACGACUGUGCAGAGUCCGGUAGCCUGGACAUCAUGAAGAUGCUGCUGAAAUGCAAUGCCCGCAUGGAGAGGGAUGGAUACGGCAUGACCCCUCUUCUAGCUGCCAGCGUCACGGGGCACACCAACAUCGUGGAGUACCUCGCCCACCAGCCCCACUCCUCGCGAGAAGAACGCGUUGAUGCUCUCGAACUCCUGGGGGCCACCUUUGUGGAUAAGAAGAGAGACCUCCUGGGGGCCAUGAGAUACUGGAGGAGAGCCAUGGAGCUGAGACAACCAGCUGACAAGCUGGGACUCCUGGCCAAGCCCCCUCCAGGUACCCCUGUCCCUGCCUAUGACUGUGCCCGUGAGGUGAGCACGGCAGAGGAGCUGGAGGCUCUGAUCACAGACCCAGAUGAGAUGCGGAUGCAGGCCCUGCUGGUACGUGAGAGAAUUCUGGGGCCCUCGCACCCCGACACCUCCUACUACAUACGCUACAGAGGGGCCGUCUACGCCGACUCGGGCAACUUUGAGCGCUGCAUCAGCCUGUGGAAGUAUGCCCUGGACAUGCAGCAGAGUAACCUGGACCCUCUCAGCCCCAUGACAGCCAGCAGCUUCUUGUCCUUCGCCGAGCUCUUCUCCUUCGUGCUGCAGGACCGGGCCAAGGGCACCCUGGCAACGCGAGUCACCUUCCACGACCUGAUGGGGGUGUUGGGGAAGAGUGUGAGGGAGGUGGAGAGGGCUGUGGCCCAGAGGGACAGCCCCCCCGAAGCCCCCCAGUUCACCAAGGCCCUGUCUAUCAUCCUCCACCUGGUGUUCCUGCUGGAGAAACUGGAGUGCACUGCAGAGCAGGAGCACCUGAAGAAGCAGACUGUGUACCGCCUCCUGAAGCUGAACCCGCGGGCGAGGAGAGGCUUCACCCCCCUGCAUAUGGCCGUGGACAAGGACACCACGUCGGUGGGCCGCUACCCUGUAGGUCGCUUCCCCUCCCAGACUGUGGCCUCGCUGCUGCUGGAGUGUGGGGCGGACGUGGACUCACGGGACUGUGAUAACAACACGCCCCUGCACAUCGCCGCCAGCAACGGUUGCCCGGAGAUCAUGGCGUUGCUGGUGAGGGCGGGGGCACACUUCGACGCCACCAACUCCCAGAGGAAGACCGCAUACAACCUGCUGGACGAACAGAGCAAUGGGCACCCGGCCCUCUUCCCCCUCAACUACGUCACUCUGCAGUGCCUGGCGGCACGUGCCAUUGAGAGGCACAGACUGCCCUACAAGGGCCUCAUCUCUGAGGAGAUGGAGGUGUUUAUUGAGCUGCACUGAAACCCCCCUCUUUGCUAAAUAUCCCCACCCUAUCCCCAUCAUUGCCCCAGACGCCUUUUAAACCAUUCAACAAUGACCCCCAUCUUCACCCAUGUCCCCAUGACUCCCCUCACCUUACCCAUGUCCCCAUGACUCCCCUCACCUUACCCAUGUCCCCAUGACUCCCCUCACCUUACCCAUGUCCACCUUCCUUCCCUAUGGUUAUUCUUCUCUGUGCCUCUCCAAACUCCAGACUGUGAGCUGUCUCAGAUUCAGACCAAAUCACAGCAAUAAACCUCCCGGCCACUAAACAUUAUACUGACAACCGACUGGGAGCCUCUUAAUUGUGGCUACAUGCUCUCUUUAGAUGACCUAUGAUUAACACAUGGACACAUUCUAAGUGCUAGGUUGCUAUUUGUUUGCAGGUGGGGGGGAACCUUGACUUGAUUUUAGGCUUUUAUGCUUUCUGUUUGACAUUUUUCUUCUGUUUUUGUCAGUAAGAUGGAGGACUGCUCACAGAAAGGACAGUGUGGUGAUGCCUGUAUGUAUUGGAUGCUGGCUUGUUUUUAGGUGGGAAUGGAAGCUGUAUUACUUGAGAGGACAUGAUCAAAUAUUGCAUGACAUGAGCCUUAAAGAGUGAAUAGGAUAGCUUGUUUGUUAAAUCUGUCUUGUUUUGCAAGUUUAUCGAGAAGCAUCCUUUGAACAAACAAAGUACACACGCUUGGCUGCUUGGUAUCAAUGUAUUUUUAUCCUCAAUUGAGCAUUAUUUAAUCCCCUGCCUUUCACUUUGACAUUUUAAGGAGUGUUUGAAAACCAUUUUAUGCCAAAACUCUAGCCUUAUAUCGGUUCUAAAUGUGUGAUCUUACAGGUUAGCCUUAUCUUACUGAACUAGCUUACUACGAAUGGAGCACCUAACAACUGUGGUGUGCAGACUAGCGUGGGAACUCUCAUAAGAAUACAGUGUUCUAGCAUACAUUUCUUUAGCUCUGUCUAGACUGUGCAAUGUGUUUUACAGCUGGGUCAAUCUCUGGAAGUCUCCCUCUGGACAGCUUGGAUACUGUGAGAAAGGAGAGAUGGAGAUUUCCCUCCAUCUCCUCCUGAGUGAUUGUUUAUGGACUGUUGAUCCCAGUAUCAGGUCAUCUAUUCAAGCCUAGCUAUCUACAGUCCCUCGUUGUUGAUAUCAAAACCCCCGAGUUGCUACUAUGAACCACAGAUGCAGGUGAGGAGGAUGGGGAAUGGAUCACACACUGCAUCUUUGUCUUCUUCUUUUUUUUUUUUUUUUUUUUUUGGACAGUCAGUUUUGCGUUCUUGUUUUCAUCAUACAUGCUUUCAUUAGUUUCUGUUUGUCCCCAUGUAAAAACCCACCUGAUUGAAUGCACUUUGAAAAAACGAACCCCUACAGGGUAACUUUACAACAUCUGGGCUAUGGACUUUGAGCCUUUCUCUCUCAACAACUGAUUUAUUCAUUGAGCUGAUGGUAACUUCAAAACAAAACUGUGUUGAGAUACUUGAAUAAAAUUCAGUAUCCCUGCA